CCGAUUACGAUACUUAGAUCUCCUCGGGUCGUAUUGCGUAAUGGUUCGUCUGAUAAUGUGUGUUUCAAUAUUCCAAUUCCUUUUGUAACAAAAAUAACAAAAAUGGAUUUCAAUUUCUUUGGAACAUAUAUAACUGUUUAUUUCAUAUCCAUGGUAUUUGUGGGUUUGACCCAGUGUGAGUUAUCUUCGAAGUUGGAAAAACGUGUUUUUGAUGAUGGUGAACUAUUUAAGGUUGUACAGCCGUGCGGAUAUAUCCAAUGUUGGAAAGAGUGUGAACUUUCGACAGACUGCGCGGACAUUGCGUUUGACCAAGAUUUGUUAUAUUGUGGACUUGUUAGGAAGUCAACUUCAGUUUCUCCUCCUAUAGAUUUAUCGACACAACUUGGACCUUGCGCCAGUAAGCAAUGUGCAGCGAAGGAAAGAUGUGUUACAUUAACAAGCGGAUCAGCUGUUUGUAUAAAUGCAUUGAAAUGUGAGGGAAAAUAUUUCCAAAACCGAUGCUUCUUCGAAGGUAGUCCCCAGGCCAGUUGGACUGUCGGACGGGAUCAGUGCCGACUGUCGGGUGGAAGUUUAGUAACGAUUGAUACUGAUGACGUUAACCGUUUUCUACUUACCGUAACAACGGCAAGUGUGUUUUGGACUGGCGGAAACGACCUGAAUGAAGAGGGCACUUGGACUUGGAUCGAGAACGAUCAUAUGAUUCUUCUAAACUCUUUUUGGUACAGUGGCGCACCCCCGGCAAACUCCGAUGAAUGUUUGGGCGUGACUAACGAAGGCAAAUGGAGAGCUGUUGAUUGUUCAUUGACGGCUUCAUAUGUAUGUCAAAGAUACAUUACCCAAUAGAUAUGAAUGCUCGUCACAGAAUAUAAUCGAAAAGAAAAUGGCGGUGGACAUGUAAAGAAUGAUGAGACAAAAAAACACGGACAAAAAUAGGUCUCCAUGUUAAAUAAUAUUUAUCAACAAAAACCACUUGUGUAUAUCGUGCUGGGCGGUUUAAGUUUGGGGUGGGGUCGAGGGUUCGGGAAUGGCGGAGUUUGGAGGUUC